GAGUGUGAUCUUCUUGAAAUGCCGUUCUUCCCUUUGUUGUUUGUUCUGGCGGGUUUGACUCUGUUCCUUUCGCGACGCCGAUAUAAAGCAAUCGAGGGCGCAGGGAGUCCUCGAAGCCCUCAUGUCGUGGUCAAGGGUCACACGUACUCCGACAGUGUCGAGGGAAUCGAGCUGCGACCGUUGCCAAGUACGAAGAUAGAGAACGUGCGUAGUGCCUGUAUCAUCGGGGCUGGUCAUGUGGGUGCACUGACGGCCGUAAUUCUGGCGUCGCAGAACCCUCACGUUCAGUUCUGUGUUGUGGAUAGAGAUCCGAGUCUCAUCGAUGCGUGGAAUUCGGAUCGUCCCCCCGUCUUCGAGCCGGGGUUGGAGGAGCUACUCUUUGAUGAUCCCCCGGGUUUUGCGAUGGAUGCGACCAGCUGCCCGGCACAGCCAGAGACGGUUGACAGUCUCGACCGAAGCCGACGACCGAGGAAGUUGACCAAUCUCACCUUUUCCACCAACAUCCAGGCCGGCGUGGUUGCCGCAGAUCUAGUCUUCCUUUGUGUAGAAUGUGCUGCGAAUGCAUCGUCUGAGAGCAAGGAUGACAUCGACCUGGAGCCUCUUGAAGCAGCGAUCCAAGCGAUAGCCCAAGUUUCGACGGGCCACAAGAUCAUUGUACAGAGAAGCACAGCGCCUUGUGGUAUCGUUCAGCGAAUAAAGAAAGCCUUGCGCAAAACGGCCUCCCCCACGGCAUCCUUCGAUGUGUUGUCGAACCCCGACUUUCUCAUCCCCGGCACAGCCGUCCAGGACCUCCUCUACCCACCUCGAGUCCUCAUCGGCCACAUUUUCUCCGAGGAUAUGUCGGUCGAAGCCAUCACCGCGCUCAAGCGCCUAUACCUCCCCUGGAUUCCCGAAGAGCGCCUGAUCACCAUGGACGCAUGGUCCUCUGAACUAGGCAAGCUCGCCGCCAACGCCUGCCUAGCACAGCAGAUCAGUAAUGUGCAGUCCUUGAGCGCGAUCUGCGAAUCCACAAAUGCCAAUAUCGCCCACAUCACCCAGACGUUGGGGUUUCCACCGCGGGUAGGCCUUGGGUUCGGGGGCUCGAACUCCCACGCGGAGAUAUUCAGUUUGAUCUAUCUCGCGCGGGAGUUGGGGCUGCAGCCUGUCGCCGAUUACUGGCGGGCUGUGCUCCAGAUGAACGAGUUUUACACCGGUCGGACGGCGAAGCGGGUCACGGAGCGAUUUCCAGGAGCUAUGAAAGACCAUCGCGUGGCGAUCCUAGGCUAUGCAGCCACAGCAAGAUCGGCCCAGGAUCGGUCGUCCACGGCGUUGGGGUUGGUGCAUUACUUGAGGAGCAUUGGCGUUCAAGUGACCAUCUACGAUCCUCGGAUCCCUGGCGAUCAGUUACAGAGCACGUUGCGGCUCACUGCCCCAGCCGCCCUUGAGGCCAGCAUCGCGGUAGCUGAAUCAUUUGAUGCUGCUUGUCAGGGCUGCAGUGGGCUGAUUCUAUACUCGGAUUAUGACGAAUUCAGCCAUGAGCAAGUGCGAUGGCAGAGCGUCGCCGGUCGAAUGCAGGGUCCGAAAGUGUUUCUGGAUCUAUGUGGACGGCUUGAACGGUUCAAAAUGCAACAAUGGGGAUUCGACGUGCUGCAGCUGGGAGUGAGGCAAAAGGACGCUCAGUAA